AUGGCGGUGCAGAAGCACACGGUGGCGCUUUUCCUCGCCGUGGCCCUGGUGGCGGGCCCGGCCGCCUCCUACGCUGCGGAUGCUGGCUAUGCCCCGGCCACCCCGGCUACUCCCGCGGCCCCGGCUACUGCCGCCACCCCCGCCACCCCGGCAACCCCGGCUACUCCCGCAGCGGUGCCAUCAGGGAAGGCGACGACCGAGGAGCAGAAGCUGAUCGAGAAGAUCAACGCCGGCUUCAAGGCGGCCGUGGCAGCCGCCGCCGUCGUCCCACCAGCUGACAAGUACAAGACGUUCGUCGAAACCUUCGGCACGGCCACCAACAAGGCCUUCGUUGAGGGCCUCGCGUCCGGCUACGCCGAUCAAAGCAAGAACCAGCUCACCUCCAAGCUCGACGCCGCCUUAAAGCUCGCUUACGAGGCUGCCCAGGGCGCCACUCCCGAGGCCAAGUACGAUGCCUACGUCGCCACCCUCACCGAGGCGCUCCGCGUCAUCGCCGGCACCCUCGAGGUCCACGCCGUAAAGCCCGCCGCCGAGGAGGUCAAGGUCGGCGCCAUCCCCGCCGCCGAGGUGCAGCUCAUCGACAAGGUCGACGCCGCGUACAGGACCGCCGCCACUGCCGCCAACGCCGCCCCCGCCAACGACAAGUUCACCGUCUUCGAGAACACCUUUAACAAUGCCAUCAAGGUGAGCCUGGGCGCCGCCUACGACAGCUACAAGUUCAUCCCCACCCUUGUGGCCGCCGUCAAGCAGGCCUACGCCGCCAAGCAGGCCACCGCGCCGGAGGUCAAGUACACUGUCUCUGAGACCGCGCUGAAAAAGGCCGUCACUGCAAUGUCAGAGGCCGAGAAGGAGGCCACGCCCGCCGCGGCUGCCACCGCCACCCCAACACCCGCGGCUGCCACCGCCACCGCAACCCCCGCCGCUGCCUACGCCACCGCUACCCCCGCCGCUGCCACCGCCACCGCAACCCCCGCCGCUGCCACCGCAACCCCCGCCGCUGCUGGUGGCUACAAAGUCUGA